GCCAUGCUCCCGUCGCCCCUCUGACAUUUCUUCCCAGCCAUCUCCUCAUAUUUCUCGCACUGUCUCCUCUUUCCGUUCUCAUCCUCUUUCUCUUCUGUGUUCCGUCGAUAUCCCUCAAUAGCGAGCUCGGCAGCGUGCUGCGACGGUACUACUAGACUCGAAACGCCCUAUACUACCGCUGCGCCGCUUAUGUCCCUACGAGCUCAUGCACCUCUUCUGGCUGCGACUAUGAUCUACCAUCUACCAAUGUCGUGGGCAAUCUCCCUCCUCUGGCUGGCAUCAGGGGUCCGCGCACAGACUCUAACUCCCAAUGCGCCGAGUACAAGCCUGGCGAUGAUCAUCCUCUAUGCGAUCACUGGCUGUGUCUCUGCUCUUUUCUGCAUCGUGAUUAUAUCCGGCGCCAUCCGUGCCAUCCGACAUCCCGAGCGCUAUGGCCCUCGUGCAGGAGACGGCCAAUACGGCAGCGCACCUGCGCAGAGUCGCGCUCGAGGCUUGACCCGUGCAAUCCUGGAUACGUUUCCCGUCGUCAAGUUCGGCGUCGACCCGUCCACCACGAACGCUCAUACGAAGGACGUAGAGAAUGGCGAGAGUAUCGAGAUGGAGGAUCAUGACAAGUGGGAGAUAGUGGAGCAUGAGGGUGCACAGAGUGGCGACGGACACGUGAGUAAGAUCAGCGUCAAACCAGGAGAGCAGGACGAGGCGGCCGAGGAGAGGAGUGACCGAGAUGGAGGCGGGGAGGAGAGGAACGAGGGUGAGGAGCAGGAGGAGAAGGACGUGGUCGACGAACUGCCAUCGUUUGCGGAGAGGAACGAGUCGCCUGGCGCAGGCUCGUCACAGGCUGAGGCGGCGCCUACAGCACGCCCGCGUCUCCGGUCAGGGCGCUCGCAGGGCGAGUCGUCUACCGGUGAACGGAGUGGCGAGCAGAAGAAUGUCGUUCCAGAUGCUAUCGGGCGUGAAACGUGCCCUAUUUGCAUCGUGGACUUUGAGGAGGGGGACGACCUACGCGUGCUGCCGUGUGAAGGGCACCAUCGAUUCCAUCGCGACUGCGUGGACCAGUGGCUACUGGAGCUUUCUAGCAGCUGUCCGAUUUGCCGACAAGACUUCCAUGCAUUGGAAACCAUGAUGGCAGGAGGGGCUGGGGACGACCUCGAGCCACCUCACCUGCGCGAGUCCUUGCGCCCUCUGUCCACCGCGGCGGCACGAUUCUCACGUUAUCUACAUAUCGCGCGGAGGCGGCACGGAGACCGCCACCAAGGCCGGGAGGACGGAAGCGGAUACGACAUCACCGACCCUCCGAUGCCCAUGUCCGCCGACAUGCGCUUUUGAGACGGUCCCCCUUCCUUAUAUCUAGGGUCCUUCUCGCCUAUGCCCUCCACGUUUUUCACUGCCUUCUGUUCCACUACCCGAUCGACUUGUGCAAGAUGCACAUUCGUUUCCACUGGCAUCGCUUCAACUCUAUUUGUACUUCAUGUUGUAUCGGAUCAUCGCUGUUGUUUCACUUUCUGUAGUUCUAGCCGGUAUGUACUCUUACGCUGCUUGCUUGUCGACACCCUCGUCCUCAAUGCAUGCCCUAAUGUUGUCGCUGCUCGCUGUGGCACAGUGCGCCACACAGUGGCGAAUCGGACGGGCGGCUAUGGGCACGGACAGUUUGCCGCUGUUUGUACACUCGACUGGCCCACCGCGUAAUCAUUCCGCCGCGC